AUGAUUGUGACAAUUCACUACUUAUUUAUUAACUCAUUACUCUUUGGUGUGCAGAAUAUAUCAGAUAUUAUUCAGACUAUGGUUUAUGUGUUUUUAGUAAUCCGCCUUAAUGAGAUUUCUAAUAAAAAUAAGCUUCACAUUUUAGUGACAAUACUGGUAGCUAAUGCCAUUUUGUAAAGCUUUUGCUUGACUUUAAAAGAGUAUUUUGACAUUGAUUUUGGACCUUUAUGCAAAGCACACGUUGAUUGCACCUCAGAUGAAAUCAGAAACAAUACAUUUGUUCAAGAAGUUCUCUAUACAAUUUUGUUUAUUUUUAUCAAUGGUCCCCUUAAGAUUUUCCUUGAAAUUAAAGAGGGAAAGACCAGUCUCAAGAAAAUGGUGGAGGACUACGAAGAUGAAAGAAAUCUAUUGCAUGAGAAAUUAGGAUUUAAAAGACCAGAUUUAUUGCCCACUUAGUCAAAUAACGCAAACACAAUGUCGAAGAGAAAUGUCAGCAAUAAAGAUAACGAUAUAAAUGAACUUAGAUGA